UCAUCUCUCUGUCGAAACACCGCACGUAUCACGCGUUCGUGUACGAACACGCGAGAGAGAAUAAAAUCCGCGAUCGAUAUGCUUCGAUCGUUAUCCGUCCGAAUUUCCUUCCAGCAGCUCUUUCGGUAUUCAAGGCAUCCCCCUCACAUCCCCCCUAGAAGCUAAAAAGAAAAGAUAAAUGGAUUUCGCCCGGAAUCGACGACCGCAAUGACAAUGACAGCAAUUCAGUGUAAAGUAACGAUGUCGUUCGACGAACGUUCGACAAGACGACGCGCCGCUCUCGAUCGCAUCUAAUAUAGGGCGAAAUAAAAAAACCAAUAUAAAACGAGCCAUAUUUUCCCGGAAUACGUACACGUAUAGCUACAACGAGUCUAAUUGGAAUACGACGUGAUGAUCGGCAAAAACAAGAUGCAAAAGUGCCCGGAGAGCGAAAGAGAGUGCGAGAGGGUGAGAGAACGAGACAAAGCAAAACCACUAUAAAGCGACGCGGUACAAAACGAAAAAAAAAAGUAGUAGUAAGGUAAUGUCAUACUGCUACGUGGCUGUGAUGUGUAUGUAAUAUAUAUAUAUAUAUAUUCGUAAGAGCAUUAAUGCCUAUGUAACGAGACAAGUAUGGAUGAUUCUUCUAGCUUUGGAAGGCAACGUGGCCGACGACGAGUCCUGUUGAUUUGGUUCCGUGCAGGGUGCGAGCUCUCCUCGACUUUGUCCAUUCGUGCUUUGCCUCUGGCUCACACGGAUAGGUGUGCGCGCGCGCGCGCGCAAAUGUGCCCGAUUCAUUCGGAAAACACGAUAGGGGGAAGGGAAAAAAAUGCCGAACGAUUCGCGCGUGUCGAGCAUGCGAUGUGGAUAUUCAUAAUCGGAGUUGCGCAUCGCGUUGGCUUUUAGAUUCCUCCGAUCGACAUGCCGCGCGCAACAUGCGAAACGCGCCACGGCACGCAAUAUACUUACGAUUUGUAGCGACUGUUUUAAAAGUACUUUUAAAGGGUGCCUAAAUUUCAACGUGCGACGCGUAAAGCGCGCGUGAGUCAGAGGUAAAGAUAUAGAUUUUCGUCACUACUACUGUUAUUAUUUUACUAUUGUCUCUAUAGAUAUCUACUUAUCUCGUAUACACGAUAGGUCGUACACGGUUGAUUAGAGAUUGGCGGGUAAUCACAGCGACCAAGGCCGGAUGGUUUUGUUGAUUGCAGGUCCGCCCGUGGAGGUCGGCGUCACCAUGUAUGUCCUCAGCAUCAGCUCCGUGUCCGAGGUGUUGAUGGACUUCACGUUGGAUUUUUACUUCCGACAAUUCUGGACGGAUCCACGACUCGCGUUCAAGCCGCGACCGGGCGUCGAGACGCUCAGCGUCGGUUCAGAAUUCAUCAAGAACAUUUGGGUACCCGACACCUUCUUCGUCAACGAGAAGCAGUCGUACUUUCACAUCGCUACCACCAGCAACGAGUUCAUUCGCAUUCACCACUCGGGAAGCAUCACGCGUAGUAUACGCUUAACGAUUACAGCGUCGUGUCCCAUGAACUUGCAGUAUUUCCCGAUGGACCGGCAACUGUGCCAUAUCGAGAUCGAGAGCUUCGGAUACACGAUGAGGGACAUCCGGUACAAGUGGAACGAGGGCCCGAACAGCGUCGGGGUCAGCAACGAGGUCUCCCUGCCUCAGUUCAAGGUCCUCGGUCAUCGUCAACGUGCCAUGGAGAUUAGUCUUACCACCGGGAAUUACUCGCGGCUGGCCUGCGAGAUCCAGUUCGUACGGUCGAUGGGCUACUACCUGAUCCAGAUCUACAUACCCUCAGGGCUGAUUGUCAUAAUAUCGUGGGUGAGCUUUUGGCUAAACCGAAACGCGACCCCCGCUCGGGUGGCCCUCGGAGUAACCACUGUGCUCACUAUGACGACCCUAAUGUCCUCGACGAACGCGGCGCUACCAAAGAUCUCCUACGUCAAGUCCAUCGACGUCUAUCUGGGCACCUGCUUCGUCAUGGUCUUUGCCUCGUUGCUCGAGUACGCCACGGUGGGCUACAUGGCGAAGAGGAUUCAGAUGCGGAAGAAUCGGUUCCAAAAGAUUGCCGAGAGUAUGAAGGCCGCGAGCGAAAAUCCAGGACCGCCGCGCGUGCCCGGCGAUCAUGGCGAUCAUGCGCCUAAGCAAACUGAGGUGCGGUUCAAGGUGCACGACCCAAAGGCACAUAGCAAAGGUGGGACGCUCGAGAACACCAUAAAUGGUCGCGCCGAUGAAGAAUCGGCAGGUGCGCCGCAACAUAUUAUUCAUCCUAGCAAGGACAUCACCAAGCUCUACGGUAUGAGUAGACCAUGCAUAACGCCGUCGGACAUCGACAAAUACUCCCGCAUCGUAUUCCCCGUAUGUUUCGUUUGCUUCAAUCUGAUGUACUGGAUCAUUUACCUCCACAUCAGCGACGUGGUCGCGGAUGACCUCGUGCUGCUCGAGGAGGCGAAGUAAACGACGACGUCGCAGUGCUCCGAAUCGAGAAGGAAGAAGGGCAAAAGAAUGCACAGAGACGAGCAUUCUUACAGGACGAGGGCCGCUUCGCGAAAGGAGGAGACGAGAACGGUUCGAGAGGAGGAUAAAUCGAGACGCGCUCGGUGACUACUUCGGGGCGGGAGUAGUAAAAGCGAGUAGAGUAAAAGCGAACGACAUCCGAGACAGCUCCGUACCAGCUCGCAGACCAGAGAGGUGCUCUCAAAACAUGCGCUUUAGCUCCGUCUCGAGAGCGCGCGGUAACCACUUCUCUACUGGAAGUAGUAGCGGACUGAAUGCGGGCGGCCGCGCGGUUGCCUAGACGCGGAGUAGGACUACUUCGCGAUCACCGGCAAGUAGAAACGGACGAACGACUCUCAGACGCCGCGCCGCAUCGCUCCGGCCGGCGUGGCUUUACCAAAUGCGCGCCCCCCCACUACUUGCGCGGCGUGGUGGCUACCGCAAUUUCUAUCGGGCAAUCUCUACAGGCUCUCGUUCGUCAAUCAGCGAUCGGGCACGCGUGUGCCUUGGCUAUCGUCGCUGUCCACGAGGCGUCUUCGUUAAAAAGACUCAAAAAAUAUAUAUAU